GACUUUGCACCGCGGCUGCUGGAAAGCCUGAACCACCACGACUGCCUCUAGUCUCCCACUCGCAGACGAUGCCUUGGCCAACAACAUUCACCAGUGACCGCCCACCACCAGUCCACCACCAAUCUACGGAUACUGCUGCGUUGAUAGCGCCUGAGGCCCAGUUGGCAGCGAGGCCCCAGCCGCAGCCGGGACUUCCUUUCUCUUGCAAAAGUGUCACAACUCAAGGACUCCCAAUCCACAAUUGGCCCUCCUUCCGCCACCAAUCAACACCCACCGUCUUGAGCCAGGCUUCUUCUGGCAAUCAAUCUGCGGUCCGACCUUUUUUGUUCACACACCCACGACACCCAAUCUGUAUCGGUACCGAUGGGUGCCGCCAACAACCCGCUGCCCAAAAGCUCCUGCUCGAAUCAAUGAGGCCUUGCUCAGCUGGCAUCGAAUCCCCAUCGUUGAUCGCCUCCAUCCCAGAGAAAAACCAUCGCAGAUGGUGCCAAGUUUGUACCAGGUACAUUGCCCAGCACGCCACUACCGGCCGCUGCGAACGAGAAAGAAAAAAAAACCGCAUACUACAUCUACCAUCCAUCCACAAAAUGUUUCAUCUUCCUGAGCGGCCUGUUGUUUUGAUUUACAGAUCCAUCAAUUCAGGACUGUUAGCACCACUAGGAACCGCUGCAGUCAAUGACGCAGUUGCUCGGCCAUCCGAAUGAUUGUGGGCACGGCCAUGGCCUAGACUCGACAGAAACU